CCGGCUGCUAUUUCGAUUUCGCAUUCGCAUCUCCUAGCUUUACUCAGUUUACUCUCCUUAUUCCUCUCCUCCAGUCCUCCACAACUUCUGCUUCUACUUCUAGUCUUCUAGUCGUUGCACAUACACAUACACAGAUCAGCCACCAUGGUGCAACGCCUCGUGUACCGCCGUAGGUUAUCCUACAAUACAGAGAGUAACAGAAGACGAGUCGUUCGGACUCCUGGUGGCCGGCUGGUCUACCAGUACUUAAAGAAGCCGAAGAAGGCUCCUCGCUGUGGACAAUGUAAGGAGACCCUCAGAGGCGUCAAGCCCGCGAGGCCGAUGGAAAAGUCUCGUAUGAAGAGACACAACAAGUCGGUCAGGAGGUCCUACGGUGGUGUGAUCUGCCACCGUUGCGUAAAGGAGAGGAUUGUGCGUUCGUUCCUUAUUGAGGAACAGAAGAUUGUAGUUAAAGUUCUGAAGGCACAGCAGGCUCAGGCCAAGGCGUUAAAAGGAAAAUCUUAAGAUUAAGAAGUGAUUGUUAGUUACUUACUUAGUAUUAAAUUCCAUAAAGAAGACAAA